UGCGCGGCGGCGCCGCCGAGCCGGGAGCUGCCAGCAUGCACGCCGUGUCCGGCUGCCCGCGCUGGGCGCUCCUGGCCCUGGCGCUGCGCCUGGCACUGGCCGCACCCGCGGAGCGGCUGCUGCUGCCGCACGGUGUGGAGCGGGGCGACGCUGUGCUGGAUCCUGGCGACGAUGCACGCUCGGCGGCGCUGGGGCUGCGCACGGUGCUGCGCUUCUACGGUGCUGCCGUCCGCUCCCUCUACGUUGCCACUAAUGGGAUUAUUGCAGUGAAUGAACCUUCAAAUGAAGAAGAAUAUCUUGGUCGAUUCCCAGUCAGUUUUGGGGCUAUCGCUCCCUUUAUGGCUGAUCUGGAUACAACGGAUGGACGUGGAAAUGUGUAUUACAGAGAAGAUUCAUCCCCAGAUGUCUUACAACUUGCUUCAGACUACAUCAAAAGAUGUUUUCCUGAGACCACAUUUGAUCCCAGCAGUGUUGUGAUUGUUACAUGGAAGCUUGUGGCUCCUUACCAGGCACCUGGAGGAGAUGUUACUUUGAAAGAAAAGAGAAACACAUUCCAGGCUGUUUUAGCCUCUUCUGACUCCAGUUCCUAUGCUAUUUUCCUUUAUCCAGAAGAUAGUUUGCAGUUCUAUAGUACAUAUUCCAAGAAUGAUGAUGGAAGGAUUCCUGCUAUGGUUGGCUUUAGUCAAGCCUCUACAAAUUACUACUUUUGGGAAAAACCAGGAUCCUACAAUGUCAUUGCUAAUGAUGAAGACACCAUCAGAAACCUACAGAAAAGUAGCAAUGCUGGCAGGCAAGGUGUCUGGGUGUUUGAGAUUGGUAGCUCGUCUGAGAGUGUUGUGCCUGCCAAGAUCAGCAGUGUUUUGGAGAGCCUAGAGUCCAGUGAACAAGACCAAGAGAUGACUUCAAAAGCAUUUAUGUCAGAUUAUGGCUCCACUGAAAUAAGACUGGAACAUGUAACCAGCGCUAUGGACAGUACAGAAGGGGAUCAGCACCACAUCACGUAUAGUGUUCCUCACCUAGCUGCAGAAGACUUUAUGACUUCAUACCAAGAUGUAACAGAAAUACCUUCAACUGAGUCUUUUUAUGGUCAGCAAGAUUUCCCAACAGCAAAAGCUCCACCUCGCCAGUUCCAAGUCCAGCAGUUCCCCCCACAGCAACCCCAGGUCAUAGAUGUGGAAGAAUUUGAUGAAACUGGGAUAGUAUUCCGCUACCACACGGAUGUCCAACAGACUUGUGCUAACAGCCGUCACCAGUGCUCCGUUCAUGCUAUUUGCAAAGAUUAUUCCAAUGGAUUUUGUUGCAGUUGUAUUGCUGGUUACAAAGGAAAUGGCAGACAAUGUGUAGCAGAAGGAUCUCCUCAGAGGGUCAAUGGGAAAGUCAAAGGAAGAAUCUUUGUAGGAAAUAACCCAGUUCCAGUUAUAUUUGAGAAUACUGACCUCCACUCCUACGUUGUGAUGAACCAGGGGCGUGCCUACACUGCCAUCAGCACAAUCCCAGAGACUUUGGGGUAUUCUUUACUGCCUCUUGCCUCUAUUGGAGGAAUCAUAGGAUGGAUGUUUGCUGUGGAACAGGAAGGAUAUAAAAAUGGAUUCAGUGUUACUGGUGGUGAGUUUACACGGCAAACUGAAGUAACCUUUCUUGGCAACAACGAGAAGCUGGUUAUCAAACAGAAAUUCAGUGGAAUUGAUGAGCAUGGUCACCUUACCAUCAGCACAGAAAUGGAGGGCAGAAUACCUGAGAUCCUCUCUGGUUCAUCUGUCCAUAUAGAACCGUACACUGAGCUCUAUCACACUUCUAGUUCUGUGAUCACGUCAUCGUCCACCAGGGAGUACACAGUGACAGAGCCAGAAAAGGAUGGGAUUGCUUCCUCGUACACGGCUGCCUAUCAGUGGCGACAAACCAUCUCCUUUGAUGAGUGCAUUCAUGAUGACUCUCACCAUGCUGCUUCUGCUACUCAGCAGCUCUCAGUAGACAGUAUAUUUGUCCUGUAUAACAAAGAUGAGCAGAUUCUGCGAUAUGCUAUGAGUAAUUCCAUAGGCCCAAUCAGUGAUGGUUCUGCUGAUAUUAACCGGAAUCCUUGCUACACUGGUACCCAUAACUGUGACACCAAUGCAAUAUGUCGUCCAGGAACAGGGAAUCGUUUCUUCUGCGAAUGUUCAGUUGGCUUCCGUGGAGAUGGACGUGUUUGUUAUGAUGUCGAUGAAUGCUCAGAGCAACCAGCAUUAUGUGGCAGUAAUGCAGUGUGCAGUAACCAGCGGGGAACCUACCGAUGUGAGUGUGUUGAUGGAUACCAGUUUGCAGCAGAUGGGCGGACGUGUGUUGCUGUCGAAUAUAGCAUAAACCAUUGUCAGACAGGCACACACAACUGCGACAUUCCUCAGCGCGCCCAGUGUGUAUACACCGGAGGGUCUGCCUACAUCUGCUCGUGCCUCCCUGGCUUCUCUGGUGAUGGGCGUGCCUGUGAGGAUGUAGAUGAAUGUCAACAGGGCCGCUGUCAUCCAGAUGCUUUCUGCUACAACACACCUGGGUCCUUCAGUUGCCAGUGUAAGGCAGGUUAUCGUGGGGAUGGUUUCCGGUGUGUGUUAGGAGAAGUGGAAAAGACCAAAUGUCAGCAUGAACAAGAACGAGCUCUUGGAAGUGGAGGCACUUUCUUCCCAAGAGAAAUGAGAGUUGGUCAGUUCAUUCCCCAGUGUGAUGAGCAUGGGAAUUACCUACCCACUCAGUGCCAUUCCAGCACAGGAUAUUGCUGGUGUGUGGAUAGGGAUGGAAAUGAAAUUGAUGGCACCAGAAGUGGCCCAGGAGUUCAACCGCCAUGUUUGAGCACAGCUGCUCCUCCUGUUGUUAUUGGGCCCUCUGUUCGACCAGAUACAAUACCUCUCCCACCUGGAACACACUUGCUCUUUGCCCAAAGUGGGAAAAUUGAACAUGUUCCUCUAGAGGGAAACAACAUGAAGAAAAACGGAGCAAAAGCACUCUUGCAUAUUCCAGACAAAGUUAUUAUUGGAAUUGCAUAUGAUUGCAUGGACAAGAUGGUUUACUGGACAGACAUCAGUGGCCCUUCAAUCAGCAGAGCUAGCCUGCAUGGUGGAGAGCCAACAACCAUCAUCAAAACAGACUUGGGAAGCCCUGAAGGGAUAGCUCUAGAUCAUCUAGGUCGCAACAUCUUCUGGACAGACUCUCAACUUGAUAGGAUAGAAGUGGCUAAGCUGGAUGGGCGCCAACGUCGUGUCCUCUUUGACACUGGCCUGGUGAACCCUAGAGCAAUUGUAGCAGAUCCCGUGAGAGGAAACUUGUAUUGGACUGACUGGAACAGAGAAGCUCCCAAAAUUGAAACCUCCUACAUGGAUGGCACGAACAGAAGAAUUCUUGUUAAAGAUGAUCUGGGGUUACCAAAUGGGCUGACAUUUGAUAUUUACUCCUCAAUGCUGUGCUGGGUAGAUGCAGGCACCAAGAGACUGGAAUGCAUGAACCCUAAUCAGCUUGGUCGACGAAAGAUCGUUGAAGGAAUUCAGUAUCCUUUUAGUGUUACAAGCUAUGGGAAGAAUUUAUACUACACAGACUGGAGAAGGGAUGCUGUUGUAGCUGUGGAUCGCUCAAUUUCAAUAGAAAAUGAUAACUUCCAGCCUCACAAGCGUUCUCGUCUCUAUGGAAUCACUACAGCCUUUGCUCAGUGCCCAGGAGGACAUAACUACUGUAUGGUGAAUAAUGGUGGUUGUACUCACCUUUGCCUCGCUACCCCAGGAGGCCGUUCUUGCCGCUGCCCUGACAACGUAGUUGGAGUGGAUUGUAUAGAAAGAAACUGAGCAUUAAAACAAGCUAGAGCAGCAGGCUCCUUUUGGAAAUGUACUGUAAAUACUUCACUCCUGUCAGCACAAUCACACCAUAAAGAUAAGUGCUCUAUGCUGCCAACGGCAGGCCACAACAGACACCUGCAGCCACACACACUAGCAAUAACCACUUCGUACCAGUUAGGCAAGACUGGGCUGCCCAGGUUGGGUCCAGCUGCUUGUUCCUUGUGAUACUGUCUUCUUGCUUUUAAGAAUGAAUGUGGGGAUCUAGUUGCACCUGUACUGGGCUAGGAGGUAGUGUCUCUUGGCAAAAUUAAACUACAGAAUAGAGAGAGGAUGAUGUGACUCAAUCCUGAGACUGGAUUGUACCUUGGAGCAUGUGGCAGUUCAUCUGCAUAGUGGCAUGCUUAGUUCAGCACAAGUGCAUCUGGGCCACAGCUUUAGCUGAGAAGCAACUAUGGGGUCCCAAGGAUGAACAGAUGUGGGGCAGAACACCUAGUAAUAACACACAUCUAACACCUAACUGCAUUCCCUCCACUGCCAGCAUCCUCCCAUUUUCAAAAAUUGAAAUUUACCUUCUGACUCUUGUAAGCGCUACAGAAAUGCCUUAUCCAUUUGCUGACAGGGUAGUUCUUACCCUGUCUGUUUUUAAUAUUUUCACUGGUUUUCAAGAGAGAUAUUUUUCAUCUGGUUGAUGUGGGUUCCGGAGUAGUUUCCUAAAAUCCACAAAACAGGCUUUAGAUAUGGAUCUCAAUUGUUGAUUGUUCAUCAAAGUAAUGGGUGUUGAUUCAUUUAAAGGUCUUUGUUUUUCAAAGAGACAGUCACAUCUGUUUGUUUCCUGAGGAUUUUUUAAUAAUGUUUCUAUGUUUGAUCCUAUAUUAUAAGCCAGAAAAUGAUCUUUGAAUCUCAUGCUAGCCAUCUUUCUUCUUUAGCAGACUUGACAUGCCUUUUCAUAGACCAUGAGAAACCAUGACAGUUAAAAACCUGAUUUUCAGAAAGGUCACCUGUGUCUUGGGGCUUUAGAAAAUAAGUGAUGGUGAUGCUCCAUUCAUGUGCCAGUGUUCAGUAACAGCAAAAAGCUAUACUGGAAAUGAAAGCAAAGGUGAAAUCUUUUUAUUAUCACCAGUUAUCAGUUUGGAGUGGGGAGGGAAAAUGAAAAUGCACGUUCUUAUGUUAAAGUAGUGCUAUGUAUCUGGGAGUGAAGUUUAGCUUCCACACUGUGUGUUGGGAGGGCAGCUUACCUGCAACAGCAGAACAAAACGGGGCUUGGGAGCCUUCUGUCAGAACACUACCCUUCACAGUCUGGUGAUCUGAGCAGUAAGCUAUUAACAUCCCCGUUUCCCCACUUCUUCUUCAAACACUACAGUCCCUGGGCAAUUCUCCUCCAGGUCUUAACAGAUUAAGCAGAGACAAUUCUGAGUCUUAACUAUGUGACAACUUCCUCUUUAAUUAUAUAUUUAUCAUAAAAGUAACAAUCUAUAUAAAAUAUUUUAAGUUCUUUUGUAUAACUUUUUAUACCUGUUAAUUCAUUUUACUCACACACUUAAUCAGGUAUGUCUUAGUGUAAAUAUCAAAAAUGCAUUGAAAUGAAGGUGCUUGAUAACUCUUUCUCCAGAAUUAUUUGCAUAUCUGGUGAAAUAUUAAAGUUUACACUCUGUACAGGUAUCUACAGUACAGCCAAUAAAGAUUUUUGGUUUUUUAUUUUCUAUAUUAAAAAAAAAAACAAACUACCUGCAGAAGGAAGUGAUAUGUGGUGUCUCCGCUUCCUGUACAGUUCUGGUUUUCAGCUAACUCUCAUAGCCAGUGAUGAUACUUCUUUUCUAAGACACAGCAGUAUAGGGAAAAACUGCUGUAUUUUAAAAUCAGUAGGAUACUUUUAUUCAAAGAAAUAUGUGGGAGUACCUAAAGAACAUGCAGCUUCCUCUGUUCUGUGACCUGGAUGACACAAACUUCUUAUUAGUCGUUAACUGCUACUUAACAUUGUCAAGUAAACCUAGUUCAGUUAUAUGUACUUUAAACUUCUACAUUAGUGCAAAUAUAUGGGGAGGAUUAGAUUGGGUGGGGAGCAGAAUCUGUUACUCUGCUCAGAGAUGCUCUGAGUGCUGAGUUUGUUUUUUUGAUGCCCCACCAGCAUCAUCAUGCAGCUAGAGCUUAAUGAUGGGGUUGCUUUGCUGCCUGACACCACGGCACGGUGUGGCUGCAGGUUUGCUGUGCCUGCAGGACAACUGCAAGCUAGCUGCAGUAUGGCCUGUUGGAGAUGGUGAUGCUGAGGGUUAAGCUCCUGCACCUUUACUGCUACAGUGAGUCAGUGUCUCAGUGGGGAUAGCAAAAGGCUGUAUGUUAGUACUGAGCAGAUGGACUUACUACUACUAAGGUUGACAGCUAGAGAACAGCAUGCCUGGCAAGUGAACUGUGGGGGAGGAGGGGCAGUGAGACAGCAAGCAGGGCUGCUGGGAUCUAAGGGGUUGUGUGGAGUUGCAGGAGAAGAUUGGUGCUGAGCCAUGCUGGGGGCUACACAGGGAGCUGCAGGGUGUCUGGCCUUUAGAGUGUGCAUGGGGCUUGUUCUUUACUAAAUGCUUUUUGUUUUUUUUAAUUCUGAUCCUUUAAAAUUGAUAAUUGCCUGCUUUGUGUUUGAACCAGUACAGUAUUCCUCCUUGUGCAUUAUGAAAAUUACUAUUUACUAAACCCUGGUUAAUUUAUGCAAAGCAAUGAGCAAUGACAAAGACAUCAAAGACAAUGCACCUCAGUAUACAGAACUUUUAGUGUUAAUAUGUGAGUUCUGACUUAGUCUGUAAAGUAGAGAGAAACAAUAUUAGUAUGAACUGAGUUUCUAGACUGAAUGGCUAUCUGUUAAGUCCAGUAUCACAUCUGACAGUAGCUAGCACUAGAGUACUAGAUUAGAGAUUAGAAGCUUCAGAAGAUCCGUGCCAACAGUAUAGAUGUGGCAGACCACCUAGCUCUGAAAAAACCUUCAGGGUUCCAGGCGCUAAAAAUGAGAAGCUUUUUUUAAAGCUGGAACAUCAGGUUUUGUUUCUCAGCAAAUGCUCAUUGUUAGCUUCAGCUGUUGUCACUCUGUCAGGGUGCAGCAAGGGCAGGUUGUUCCCUCAUGGAAAGGGAGGCAGGUAUGGAGCAUAAUAACAAGGCCAGCAGAGGUAGUGGCCUGACCAGCAAGGGACCAAUCCCCCAGUGUCCAUGUGAGGGGAGCAAGUGAGGGUAGUCAGGUUCAGCCAUGAGACCAGAUGUGACCAGGCAAGUCGGAAGUGAGGGACCAGGUCUAAAGUCAGCUGGUAAGUUGAGUCAGGGUGAGGAUGAGGUCUGGAGACAGUGACCAGUGUCAGACACAGCCCAGUGGUUGCCGGGCAAGUCCAUAGUGAUGAGGCAGGUCUGAGGUCAAGGCAAGGAGAAAGUCCAUGAGUCAGGGUCUGGAUCAGUGGAGUACAUCACCAGGCACAAGCUACGGUGCAGCUCAAGCAGGCCCAGGGUGAAAGUCUCAGUUUUAUAGCAGCCCUCAGGGAAAGGAGGGUUGCUCUCUCUGAGGCUCCUUUUAGCUUUGUUCACACUUCCUAUCAACCAGCUGGCCUUGAACAACCAGCUAAGCUGCUAGUGAAGGGGUAGUGUGCUCCAGGCCCUGACACUUGAGAGAUUUAUUAUUCUGAAAACAUCUGCCUUCUCUUUGAAUCUUGCUACAUCUUUUGGUUUCUAAAGCAUCCUGUGUGUUGAAUUCCAUAUUUUAAUCACGGUCUGGGGAGGGAUCUUGUCCUUUGAUGAGAUUUGGCAUUAGCCAUUCCAGGGUGUCUGUCUCAACCUGUUCUAUUUUUUCACUUAAAUGUUCAGCAGUAUUUUGAAUGAGACAUUAAAAAUGUGGAUUUUCUGUUUUCUUUCCUCUAA